AUGCUGUCUGCUACCCUGUACAGCUCUCCUGUUCGGCGUGCCAAGUCGCCUCUUGGUCGCAGGACCUCAACCCGUGCCUAUCCUGCCUCUUCUCCACGUCAUAUACCCGUUGCUUUUGUCUCUCUCCGAAGACGGUAUCACAAGUCAAAGGCACGCAAGCCCAUCACUAUCCGCACAUUCCAGCGUCAAAUAGACUCCAUCGUUUCUCACGAAAAGGCCACCGUCCUCCUCGAUGACUAUGGAGGACUAGCAGCGCCCUGCCCUGCUCCUUCUGCCGCUACACCGGGGGCCUUGACACCCACUGAGCGUCCCGACUGGAACAACUGGCCAGGCGAAGUCACAUCGGAUGUAGAUCACUCGCCAUUGGUGUUUCCUCUGGCGAUUAACAUGGAUCGUUUCGGCGACGAAAGCACGGAUUUGGCAGCUUUCCCUCAGCCUCUUGCUCAGAGACCCUUCUGGAUGCCACCUUCAUCCCCUGGUGGCUUAAAGCCUCGCUAUCCCCCGCCUUCGUCUCAAGCCAAGGAGGAGAGUCCCUCACCACUUCGCAAGCUUCGGCGCUCGGUCGUCCGUAUUGCCAAAGCCGAUGAGACCAGCGCGCGGACCCGCGGUCCUCCUCGACGGCCUUCCAUCGAUAGCUUGGAGGAUAGCGAGCUACCUUAUGCUAGGCUCAGGGACUCUGCACCAGCAGGAGCACCAAGUCAAUGGCCACAGGCACUCUCCAGAUCAUCCUCGAUGCUUAAUUGGCGGCAAGUCAUGCCCACCUCCAGCUCCACUCUGUCCGACGCAGGGUACGCUGCUCAGGCUUCACGUGGCCGGACCAGGCAGAUUAGUGGACGCAUCCAGCUCACGGAUCAAGACAUCAUCGAAAUAGACUCCAACACUUUCUUUGACGAUGUCAACAAAAGCGAUACUGUUGAGCUCCCCAACGUGACCGCCUUGCAUCUCAAUGGCCACGCUGAACAAAACGUUACACCGAGGUACCUACGACGUUGGCCUGCCGUUGCUCCGUCGCCGCUUAUAGACACAAGUCGGACUGACAUCACUUUAGACAGGUCUGCCGGUGACCUCGAAGACGACGAGGAAGACACAGGCAACCAUUGCAAGUUCGGCACACCCACCAACGACGGCCAGCUGGAGCUUCAAGGGUGCAGCGACUCCCAAGACCUUGCCUACACUGUCCAAGCAGCUGGCAGAUGCCAUCUGAGGUCAAGCAACACCUUUGGCCCAGGCACGCAUUCAGCCUUUGCUGUUGCGGACCCAAAGUGGCCUGCACCUGAAACCGAGAGCUUUGACACAUCCCUCGAAGUCGUUGAGCUAUCUUGCUUUGCUCUGACUACUCCCAGCGACGAUGGUGAUCAGCCUGCGGUGCAACACGAUCUGGCUCGCAACAUCGAAUGUUCGCAAGUCAUCGUGUCAGAACAGCGGGACUCAGAGGUCGAUCAGAAGCCUGAGGCUGUCCAGAAGCCAGCGUCUUCACUGUCGUUGCUGUCUAGCUCGCUCAAAUCGGCCAGGGUCAAAGGAUCUAAGCAGCAGGCUCCCGCUACUCUGAAAAUCAUCUUCCCGCCCCGUCGGGUCUCAACAAGCGCUGAGAGGCACCUCGAAGACCUUCAAGUAAUGCCAUCAUCGCGCAGCCACGGUGCUUUGGUAUCUGGACCAGUGUCUUCCGUACCGGCUCGGUCUUCUUUCGUACCGCGACCUUUCCUGCUGAGCAAAAAGGCUUCGGGCACUUCGGGCUGCACCAGCCCUAGCAGUCCAGGUGCUCCACGUCCUUUGCUGCUGGGCAGGGCCCAUCGUGAUACUGACCUUGCGGGCUCUGACCCAAAAGCAGAGCUUUGGUCCACACCGACGUCACUGGGCUUGAGUCUGCUAAAGCUCGCACGCUCCUCCGUCUCUAGCAGCUCAACCUCUCGCUCCAAAGAAAGCUCAGGUCUGCUCUCUCCACCGCUGAGCCUGGGAGGCUACAUGUGCUACUCACCUCCGCAAUCGCCCGACUGGACGCAUGUUUCUGUGACAUCGCCUGUUGUUGAUGCGAGACAUGACAGUGGGCGACCGCUACGCCACGGCUCUUACAGCGUUCUGCCCCGGACGUUGUCGACUCUGACUGCCCUUCCAGCAAAGCGAGCGUCCCACGCCCAAACCGGUACCCUCCACAAGAGAGGCUCUGUCCUGAAUCAGAUUCAACCAGAUGCUGUCGAAGAGACCCUCGCCAUCCUAGACGGCAAACGUGAGAUGCUAGAUGGCUCGCCUAACAUCUCGACCCACACUGGAGCUGCUCUUCACCAGCUGGUGGGAUCUGCCUUCUAG